CAACCAGGUUGUUGGGGUGAUCCCUUUUGUGUACGCACUACCAACUGUAGGUGAGGUGUCGAUCGUACUGUACCUACCCAUCGCCAACUCACAAGAAUCUACCGCCCAACUCAUCAUCGUUCCUACUGGACUGAGCUUCCAUUUUUCUAGCCAACACGUCGAUAAACGUGAAAGAAAAUCAUAUCCAAGCUUAGAUACACACAACCUACCUCAUACCAAUUUCCAUCACGAUGUCGGUCAAGUUCGAAAAGGACACCGUCAAGACGACCGUCGGCGCCGCGAACCAGGUCGCCACGUCGGCUGCUGGCAAAGUCGCCAAUGGCUACCUCGCCGCGUACCUCACGCAGCUCCAGAAGAACCCUCUCCGAACCAAGAUGUUGACAUCGGGGUCCCUCGGUGCUCUACAAGAACUGUUGGCGGCGUACAUCGCAAAGGACAGGAGCAAGCAUGGACACUACUUCACCUCGAAGGUGCCGCUGAUGGCAGCGAACGGCGCCUUCAUCAUGGCCCCCGUCGGCCACGUCCUCGUCAGCAUCCUCCAGAAGAUCUUCGCCAACCGCACGAGCUUGAAGGCGAAGAUCCUGCAGAUCCUGUUCAGCAACUUAUUCAUUGCGCCAAUCCAGAACAGUAUCUACCUGACCUCAAUGGCCAUCAUCAACGGUGCGCGCAACAUCCACGCGAUCCACUCGACCUGGAAGGCCGGAUUCAUGCCCGUCAUGAAGGUAUCCUGGGUGACCUCCCCCAUCACGCUCGCCUUCGCGCAGCAGUUCCUCCCCCAGGAGACCUGGGUCCCCUUCUUCAACAUCGUCGGCUUCCUCAUCGGCACCUACAUCAACGCCAAGACCAAGAAGAAGCGUCUCCAGGCUCUGAGGAAGGCGCACUACGAGUCUGGCGGCGGAAGGCCGGACGACUACCCAAGGCCCGGAAUGGGCGGAGCGCCAUCGAUGUCCGGUGGUCUCGGUGGCCAGAACCCUGUCUACUAGGCGGGAGUAGGAUGGGUGGGACGGACGUGUUGAUACGAUAUCCAUUGGCUUGUUAUUUUGUCUUGUUAAUCUUGUUUUGGAAUGUUUGGGUGCUUUUUGGAAGACCAGCAUAUCCGAGGAUACAUGGAGACAUUUAAUCUAAAUAAGAAAUGCAAAAAUGAUAGAUCCAAAUGG